CUAGACUUCAAGAGUAACGUACAAUGUGAUCACAGUUAACAAGGAAGCGAGUCAUUGAACUUAAGUGAACCUAAAGAAAAAGAGAAAGAAAGAAAGAAAGAAAGAAAAAAAGAAAGAAAGAAGAUAAUAAAAAGAAAUAAAGAAAAGUAAUGAAGAAUCCUGAUGAUAAUAACAAUAACAAUAAUGAUAACUGUUGGAGGAGAUACGAACGAUGAACCAGCAGAGGAUGGGGACGAGGAGGCAACCUAGGACCCAUUUUCUUUCACUGCGCGUCAUAGAAAACGUAGAUGAGGUGCUGCUUGUCAUGGGGGACUUGGGUGUUUGGCCUUGCAUCUUCACGCUCUCCCUUGCUAGCGUAUUACAAGAGGACACAUUCGGCCACCUGGAGUUAUGUUGCAUGGAAAACAAACUGUGUGCUGCUAAUAUGGCUUGCAUUGGCUGUCUCUGCCGCUGCCCCUUGACCUACGAUUAUAAAAGCAGUUCGGGGAGGUGUGAGCCCCAGUUCGUACCCACCACCACGGCCACCAACACGUCAGCCAAUGCGUCCGGCUUAGGGGGCGGCAAACUACCCGGGGAGGAAUGCUUCAACUCCUCGGCGUGUGUGGAAGGGCUGCCCUGCGUCAAACAUAAGUGCCAAUGUCCUGAGCCGUGCGUGUACCUGUCGGAGGAACUCGUGUGUGACUGUGGCAACGCGGACGACGUGGUGUGGCCGGCGGUGGUGGGCGUCGGGGUGGGCUUCGUCAUCGUCGCCUUCUGGGGCAUGUGCAUCACCAGUUCCGUCAGGAGCCACAUGGAGGAGAGGAACAAGGUCAUGCAGCUCGGCCAACAACAGCAGAUACCCCGCAUCUCAACCCUCGGGGCUGCCUACGGGAACCACCUCGCCCCGCCCCGCCCCGAUCAAGCACAGGUGUACCCAGCCCCCCCAGCCCGCCCCGAGCCCUCCGCCCCCGCGCUAACGUCAAUGCCCACGCCCGCGCCGGCCCCCCUCAGGCUCACCGGGCAGACCGCGGCGCCCACUCCUCCGCCUCCACUUCAGCCCGUCUUCCGCCCCCCCUCCCCCCCCACCUCCACCUACCACUUCAACCCCUCCUACUCCCCCUCCUCCCCCUACCUCACCCCCCCCGACCCCCCCUUCCCUUACCUCACCCCCGAGCCCACUGAACCCCUCCUCCCUCCCCCUCCCCCUUACUCCGCCCCCCAGGACAGAAGGCGGCCCCCCCUCCUCCUGGACCCCCCCCCUCCUGACGCCCCCCUUCCCCCCCCCUGGGUUGACGUCGCCCCCCGCUCCGCCCGUUUUUAA